AUGCGAGAACUCGGUUUCCUCUUCAAACCUUCACCGUACAACUCGAUGCUAUCUCUCUACAUUCAGCUAGAAAAACUCAAUAUGGUCGAUAAGCUUCUGAAUGAGAUGGAAGAGAACAAAGUAAAACCAGACAAUCUCACGGCAAACAAUGUUCUAAGGGCGGUGGAGUUGUGUUUGAAAAAGUCGAAUAAUGAUAAACAAGUAUUCGAACUGGAGAGGGACACGGUCAAUGCAAUGACAAAGGCAUAUGCUAGAGCUUGGUCAGAAGUAAAGGCUACGUGUAAGAAGGUGAUGUUGCUCUGGGCGACUUUGAUCCUUCUUAUUUCAUUGUUCCUCCGUUUCCUAUACCGCCUUUGA